UGGUUUUGUUUUGUAUUCUAAUCCUCUGCCUUGUGGAAGGCAGCUCAGUGGAGAGAAAGGAAAUGCCCAGGACAGGCUUUUUUUUCUUUAAAGUGUAUCAGAAACAAACACAGCUAAACUAAGGGACAGCGUUACAGGUCUCACCAAGUUGUCAUGAGGCAGCUUCCUCCCUUGGUCUAAAAGAUCUCCGCCACUGACCUUACAGUUAAGUCUAGAAGUUCCAGUCUAUCCCAUCUCUUCCCCUGCAGAUCAGGGGACACCCUAGACAUGGCCUCAGGGGUGCACAUGCCCGAACCACAGUGCCUCGUUGAGAACAUCAGUGGGCGACUGGCGGUGAACCCGAAAGCGCUGAAGCUCCUGUCUGCCAUCGAGCAGCCCCUGGUGGUGGUGGCUAUCGUGGGCCUGUACCGCACAGGCAAAUCCUACCUGAUGAACAAGCUGGCUGGGAAGAACAAGGGCUUCUCUGUGGGCUCCACGGUGCAGUCUCACACGAAGGGCAUCUGGAUGUGGUGCGUGCCUCACCCCAGGAAGCCAGACCACACCCUGGUCCUUCUGGACACCGAGGGACUCGGGGAUGUGGAGAAGGGCGACAAGAAAAAUGACACCCAGAUCUUUGUGCUGGCACUGUUACUGAGCAGUACCUUUGUAUACAACACCAUGAACAAAAUUGACCAGAGGGCAAUCGACCUCUUGCACUACGUGGCAGAACUAUCCAAAUGGCUCCAAACAGUAUCCUCAACUGAUGCUGACGAGGCAUCGGGUCCAGAGGACUCUGUGAGCAACUGUCCAGACUUAGUGUGGACUCUGAGAGAUUUCUACCUUGACCUGGAAGUAAAUGGACACCCCAUCACAGCAGAUGAAUAUCUGGAGAAUUCGCUGAGGCUAAAGCCAGGGACUGAUAAAAGUCUUCAGAAUUUUAAUUUGCCCCGUCAGUGUAUACAGAAAUUCUUUCCAACAAAGAAAUGCUUUAUUUUUGACUCCCCCACUCAUCGGAAGAAGCUUGCCCAGCUUGAGAUGCUACAUGAUGAGGACUUGGAAGCGGACUUUGUACAACAAGUGGCGGAAUUCUGUUCCUACAUCUUCAGCCACUCCAAAUCUAAAAUUCUUCCAGAAGGCAGCAAGGCCAAUGGGUCCCAUCUAGAGAGAGUGGUGCUGACCUACGUCAAAGCCAUCAGCAGUGGGGACCUGCCCUGUGUGGAGAACACAGUCCUGGCCUUGGCGCAGGUUAAGAACUCGGCUGCAAUGAAAAAGGCCAUUGCCCACUAUGACCAGCAGAUGGGCCAGAAUCUGCACCUGCCCACAGAGACCCUGCAGGAGCUGCUGGACCUGCACAGGAUCUGUAAGAAAGUGGCCAUCGAAGUAUUCGUAAUGAAUUCUUUCAAGGAUGUGGACCACGGGUUCCAGAAAAAAUUAGAGACCCUGCUAGAAGCCAAACAGAAUGAACUUCAUGAAAGGAACUUGAAGACAUCACUAGACCGUUGCUCAUCUUUACUUCAGGUUAUUUUUGAACCUCUAGAAGAAGAAGUGAAACAGGGGUUUUAUUCAAUACCAGGGGGGCAUCGUCUCUUCAUGCAGAGGAGAGAAGAGCUGAAGGCAGUGUACCGUCAGGUGCCCUGGAAAGGGCUACAGGCUGAAGAAGCUCUGCGGAAAUAUUUACAGUCCAAGGAGUCUAUGAAUGUUACGAUUUUCCAGACAGAUCUGGCUCUCACACAAAGGGAGAAGGAGAUGGAAGAGGCACGUUUGCAAGCAGAGGCUGUAAACUUUAACGUACAAGUGUUAGCAGCCAUCCUAACACAGCAACACCAAAUGAUGGAGCGGCGGCAAAGAUUCUAUCAGGAACAAGUGAGGCGAAUGGAAAUAAACAGACUGCACCAGCAGGUAUUGCAACAGAGAGCCCAGGAACGUUAUCUCCAGGAAGAAGCUAAAAGGAUCCAGGAGAGAGCCCAAGCUGAGAACAAGAGACUUCAAGAUGAGCUUGAGCAUCUGCAGAUAAAUGACUCAAAUGAUGAUAAAUGUAUCAUACUUUAAAGAGCUAAACACAAAAACUUCCCUUUCUUGUUCACUUUCCCUGAAGACACAAGGGAACAUGAAACUGUAAAACUUGAGACAAUCACCAUUUGAAUAAACUUCACAAUAAUUA